GCUCCGCUCCGUGUAGGUGCCGUUACCUCUCCAGUCGUGCGGACCCAGCCGUAGCUCAUGGUGUGUGGAGGAGGUGGACUGUAUCCGGCUUGUAGCUGACUGGGUGACCCAGUGGACCAUGGCUGCCAAAGAGGACCUCUACAGUAAAAUUAUCCCUCGGAGGCUACGGCAGAACCGGCCAGGCUCAGUGAAAUGUGGAUCCUCCAGCCUGGAUGUGCUUCUAUCCAUGGGCUUCCCCAGACCAAGAGCACUGAAAGCUCUGGUGUCGACAGGAGGUCGCAGCGUGCAGGCAGCGUGUGACUGGUUGUUUUCCCACGUGGACGAUCCGUUCCUGGACGAUCCUCUGCCCCGAGAGUUCGUCCUCUACCUGCGACCCAGCGGACCCCUUCAGAACCAGCUCUCCCACUUCUGGCAGCAGAGCCGGGUCACGUGCGGCAAAAACAAAGCCCACAACAUCUUCCCCCACAUAACCCUCUGCCAGUUCUUCAUGUGUGCAGACCACAAAGUAGAAGCCUUAUGCGAAGCCCUCCAGGCCGCCGUCCAGCAGUGGCGGGGUCGAUUUCCAAGCCCUCUACCUCUGGAGCUCUACACGUCCUCCAACUUCAUCGGCCUGUUCGUGGAGGAGCAGGUGGCCGACGUCCUCAAGCAGUUUGCCGCCGACUUUGCCACAGAAGCCGUCAGGAAGGCAGAAGUCCAUGUGGAGCCUCACAAGAAGCAGCUCCAUGUAACCCUGGCCUACAACUUCCCCACCAAUCACCUCCCAUCUCUGGAGAAACUGGCCAAGGGCAUCGAGGUCAAGCUGGGCUGUGAUUGGCUGGCGGUUCUUUUCUCCCGGGACAUUCGUUUUGCAAACCAUGAGACCUUGCGUGUGAUGUACCCCUACAUACCUCAGAACGAGGACGAGCUGGAGCUGGUUCCGGGCGAUUUUGUCUUCAUGUCUCCGAUGGAUCAGGGCAGCACCAGUGAGGGCUGGGUGAACGGGACCUCGCUGGCAUCGGGACUGUCCGGUCUGCUGCCCGAGAACUACGUCAGCUUGGCCGAUGAGUCCGACACCUGGGUCUUCCACGGCUCCCACUCCUUCUUCAGCUGUGGACCCAGUGACAGGACCAGCAAGGACAGAGGGAUGUUUGAUGGGCUUCUGGACGGCCGGCGCCCUGACAACACGAGUCCCGGAGACACUCCCACCCUCAGUCUCAUCUGUCAUCCCAUGCAGCAGGUUCUGCGGAUCACCGGGAGUCACUCUCGGCAGCCCAAGAGGACGCUUUUUGUCUGUCGGCACGGCGAGAGGAUGGACGUGGUCUUUGGUAAACACUGGCUGUCCCUCUGCUCCGACAGUAAAGGUAGAUAUGUCCGUUCCAAUCUGAACAUGCCGUCCAGUUUGCCGCUGUGGGGCGGACAGAGAGAUUAUGACAUGGACGCUCCCAUCACUGUGUUUGGAUCCACGCAGGCCCGACUAGUAGGAGAGGCCCUGCUAGAGAGUAACACAGUGAUAGACUUUGUGUACUGCUCUCCCUCCCUGCGGUGUGUUCAGACGGCACAAAACAUCCUGAAAGGCCUGCAGCAGGACGGUAAGCUGAAGGUGCGAGUGGAACCGGGGCUUUUUGAAUGGACCAAGUGGGUUUCUGGGAACUCGCUACCUGCAUGGAUACCUCCCGCUGACCUGGCUGCAGCGCACUUUAGUGUGGACACGUCAUACAGACCUGUAAUCCCAGUCAGUAAGCUCACUGUGUCAGAGCCCUAUGAGACCUACAUGAGCCGCAGCUACCAAGUGACCAAAGACAUCCUGUCAGACUGCAAAAACACGGGAAACAAUGUGCUGAUUGUAGCCCACGCGUCUUCCUUGGAGGCCUGCACACGCCAGCUGCAGGGACACAGCCCACAGAACCCCAAGGACUUCAUCCAAGUAGUUCGAAAGAUCCCGUACCUAGGCUUCUGCUCCUGUGAGGAGCAGGGAGACACGGGGGUGUGGCAGUUAGUGGACCCUCCCAUCCUCCCCCUCACACAUGGACCUAACCACAGCUUUGACUGGAGAGAGACACUUCUGCAAGAAUGACACCCGCCUGGUCCGCCCAGCCUGAAUAACUGUACUCUCACAGAGACAAGUUUUUGGACCACUGGAUCCUCUCUGAGAGACUUCCUGUCUGAGGACGAGGAGCGGAGACUCAGCCAACAGAUCGAAUCCCUGAUACCGAGGCUGGUUUCCAACAUUCAGCAAAAUGUUCUCACUCAAAUUUUAUUACAAUCUUUUUUUGUUCCAGAAUAAGAGACAUGUCAGUUUGGGUGUCAUCUGCUUUGAAAGCUGGUAAAUGAUCAUCCCGGUCUCACAGUUUGUGAAAUAAGCAUGUUUUUAAAGCGUGUGCAGAGUGCGUUAUGUGAGAAGUUUUAAAUACUUGAAUGUAUAACGAAGUGAGAAGGACUGCUGUAUCUCGUGACACAGAAGUGAUUUAAAAUGUAAAGCAUAAAAAAAAGCAAUAUUUUAGUUCCAUGCUGUGAAGAAUCAGGUUUUAUUUUUAAUUCAAAAUGUAAGUUCAUUUUCACUGUUAGUUCACUUAAUCCGGUAGUACAUUGUAUGAUUUCAUGCAUCAGGGUCAUCCAGCCUAUCUAUAGUCUGUGGUUUAAAUAUUCAGUAAAUGUUAACAUCUGAUGUUACAUUUGAUACCAUAGUUGUGUG